UUAAUUAGUAAUUGGCGUUGCGUUGAAAUGUCCCAGUGACUGUUAUACUAAAACAAGCAAUAAGAGAGCUCCAUGUAAAUUUAACAAUAUACUAGAUCAAGUAAAACAGAAAGUAAAAAAAUUUUCUUUUAAUUAUAUUGUUCAUUUUCCCGGAACGUACCUUUUUGCAGUAAUCAAUAUUAAGAAUGGCUAACUUAAACCCCGCGGCAUAUGCUAACGGGGGUAUUACUAUUCCAAACGGCUUGGUUGGUAUGCCAAAUAACCCUAGAGCGAUGCACUUGGCAAUGACACAAAACCCAAUUGGGUUUCCUACUAUGUUAACAGCAAAUAUGAAUAACCAAAGACUACAACAAAUGCCAAUGGGUCAAAAUCCUUCCCCCCCGAUCACCUACAAAAGCAGGCCAUCUGGAAGAAGCAUUUUACGAGUGUUAUUGUUUGGUGAAUAUUUGGCUGGCGAGAAUGCAGUAAACAAGAAGGACAUAGCUUAUUGGAAAAGAAUAGUAAUGGAAUUCUUUUCAGAAGAAGGAAGAAUGAUAUAUGGAUUAUGGAAUCCUGAGGCUGGAGGAAGUAGAAGUUUUGAUAUACCGAAUCCUGUAAUUUCAAGGUUUUUCCAAGUAAAUUUUGAAUCAGGCGUUACGUCAAUACAACUAACAAUGAAUAGCAUAAAGGAGAAUUUUACUACUCCCGUUAGUAUAGCAAAUAAUUGCAUGGCAUAUAAUAGUACAGUUGAAGCAAAAGCUUCAUUGAUAUAUAAUUAUGAAGAUGGAUCAAGGGUUGUAGCGUCAGGGCGAUUAAAGGUCAGACUAAAUCAUCAUUUAAAAAUAGACUGUUUUGAAUUUAAUACAGAGAAGCAUAUGGAAUAUGUUCCUCGACAACAACAAACGAUGUUACCUGAGAGUCCUAUUGGACCGAUGGGUAUACCAAUAAAAACUUUAAGAUGCUUAGAGUUAGCAGAAGGUGUAGUGACAUUGCACGACUUAAUAGAAAAAAGUAUAUCUUCAAAUAAGGGUCCACUUUUAACUUUAUAUGCCUUAGCAAACCCUGAACAGCAAUCACAGACAAUUAUAAAUCAAUCAAAUCAUACUCCCCCAACACCAGGUCCUUCUCCACCUGAACCUCCUGCUAAAACACCUAAAGAGAAAAACGAAAAUUUAAAUAUGGAACAACAGCAUUAUACUGAUAUUCCAGCACCAUCGCCAUCAACAUCCAAUGCUAAUAUAAAAGAUUCACCGACGUCAAAAACCUCUGUUAAAUCAUCUCCUGUAUUUAGCAGUAUGUAGUUAUUAAAUAUUUCCUAUAUAAAAAAGUUUUUGUAUGUUUGAUUUCAUUUAUUGAUAAUUUGCAUCAUAGAAAUGGAUACGCCUAAGCAAAAAAGGCGAAAACCACAAUAUACAAGAAAAAAUAGUCGUCAGGAAACAGGUUCAUGAAAUUAGAUAUUUUGUAUUUAUAUAAUUUAACCUACCAUAUCCUUUUAAGUUAUAUAUAUUUUUUAUACUUUUUCCUUGC